GAGGAGGCGGCACAGAUUCUGUUCUUCUGACACAUGACGCGGGCCGGCACCAGCUGGCGGAUGGCAGGCCAGCCAUGCGCUCGCGCAGGCAGCGCGACAGCCGCGGUCCGCCCCGGGCCCUCCGGGUGGGGCGCGCCAGCAGCGCCGCGAGGCUCCGUGCUGCGCUGGUAGGACAGACAGCCGCCCAGCGUUGGGGCGCGGUUGAGCUGCGCGCCUCUGUCCUGCACGAUCGACAUGGUGUCCAAAUCUGUCGGCUGACCGUAGGGUGACCCCUCGCCUGAGAAACCUUUCUUGUGCAGGGCCACAGGGCUCACCCCAGCAUUGGCCUGCGCCCUUGCCUCUGACCCCCAUCGCGGCUCCCGCACCGCGCACUGAAGGUCACUUUUGCUCAGGGUCGCUCGUGUCGUGGAUGUAUAUGCCGCCUGCGUCGGCGUGCCGCACCCCGCUGUCGACUCGGACUCGGCGGAGCACAGGGGGCGGGGACCGGCCGCGCCGCGCCUCGUCGCGCGAGGGCGGAGGCGGCCCUGCCCAUGGACCUCGCGUCGGCCUCCGCCUGCGCAGAGUGGUCGCUGGCCCACGCGCGCCAGCGGCCGCUGGCGCUGGCGCGGCUGCUGGAGCGGGUGGCCAGGACCCCGGCGUGCGUGGAGGAUCUCCGCACGAAGUCCGACGCGGAGACCCGCUGCGUGCAGAGGUGGUACAAGAUAGCCAUAGGCACGCUCCUGGGCGCUGGCGAGGAGCAGGCCGCCACCGCGAUGUGGGAGAGGGCCGUGGCGGUCCGCGCGGAGGGCUCGUCGACCGGCAUCCUGUGGCCCUCCGUGCAGCAGACGCCGACGAUGUGGAUCAGCGGCCUCCGCUCGAGGCCGCUCUGGGAGUGCGGCCAGUGGCCUCUCGUGGAGGUGUUGCAGUCUCGAGCCAGCGAGAUCCUUGGAGAGCUUGCGCAGCACCAGUUUGGCGCGGCGUACCCCUAUUUGAGCCAGAACGGUUCGUGGGAGAACCUCUUCUUGUACAGGGGAGGCCGCUGGAACGAGGAGAUCUGUUCGGCCAUGCGACUGACGUGUAGAUUACUGAUUCCUGAGCUUCCUACGAGGCCCGAGGUACCCUUCCACUCCAGCAACAAUGAGGAGGUGGUCGUUUUCCGCUCCCGAAAGGGGGCUCAUGUGGGGCCUCAUUGUGGCGCGUCCAAUAACCAGAUCAAUGUGCACUUGACCCUAGCAGGUGCCGGGAGCGCCCUGCUGAGAGUUGGCAGUGAGCAGUUGGUUCUGCGAGACGGGAAGGCCAUCUGCUUCCAGGACAGCUACUCGCACUCGGUUGAGCACGAGGGCGAUAUGGAGCGGAUCUCCCUCGUAGUGCGCGUGAUGCACCCCGACAUCAGCACGGCCGCGUAUGGCGGGCGCACCGACAUGGGCGACGUUUCUGAUAGAGAGGUUGCCCAGGCCCUCGGCGCGGAGCUGCAGCGGCUGCGGGCCGAGUACCGCCGCCUGGCCGCCGAGUGGGCGCCAAGUCCGCCCGCGGCUCCGCGACCCAGGGCGCGCCCACGGCGCGGGCCCCGCCGGCAGAAAGAGUUGCUGCUGCGCUCGCGCGUUGGGGAGGUGGCCGUCUUGAGCGUCAUGCCCUGCGGCGUGUGGAUGUCCACGCUGCGCCGGGUGCGCAAGUGCACGAUCUUGUCCCAGCUGGUCUCCGUCCCGUACAUGCGAGUCCUGAAGAUCAGCGGAGCCAAAAUGAAUUGCUUUCUGGCGACACCAUUCGGCGCCAGUGACGUGUCGCCAGCGUACGGCGUACGCCACGUCCGCACUGAAGGUCUCGUCCGUGGGCCCGCGCCCCUCCGGCCCGGGGCGAUGUGGGUCGGCUGUGCCAUAGGGCUGGCGCUCCGGUACCUGCUGUACGUAGCGGGCGCGGGCGAGUACCUCGAGGAGCACCUGGAGGUGAACAGCCCCAUCACCUCGCACUCGCGCCUGAAGGAGGGCUUCUUCUUGCUGGAGAGCGGCUCCUCGCCGUACGCGGGCGACACCUGCCACCACCCGCCGCUCCUGCUGCUGCUCCUGUCGCCCCUACGAGACGCGCCGGCGCUCGUCCACCUGGCGCUGGUGGCGGCGGUGGACGUGGCCACGGCGCUGCUCUUGCGGCAAAUGGCAGUGCAGUACGCUGCGGCCCGGGCGAAGGCCGGCAGACCCUGGGCCGAGGCGUCGCGGAAGCCGACGCCGCAGGGCGAGUCGGGUAGCGUGUCCUAUGCGGUCACGGCUGUGUCCGGGACGUUGGAGGACGUGGUCAGUCCCGCGUUCGUCGGCCUGUCUUACCUCAUGAGCCCGUUCACCGUGGCCAGCUCCAUCGCGCUUUCGCUGCAGAACGUCCAGCACCUGGCGACGUGCGCCGCGCUGUGCAUGGCGGGCGCCGGCAGGGGCGGCUUCUGCGCGGGGGCCGUGGCCUUGGCGCUGUACGUCUGCCCGUGGACUCCCGUGGUGUUGAUUCCGUGCUGCGCGUACCUGUGCUACGCCCAGAAGAACCCACAGGCCGCGGAGGACCACGGGUACAGCCGCUCGAACGAGGGCGUCAUCAUCGAGCCCGGUUUCGUGUGGUAUCUCUUCCGCUUCGUUGUGGCC